AUGGCGCCCGCAAAGAUGCCCUUACGCGCCGACGAGGAGCUGGGCAAGAAGGACGACGAUCUCCACUUCGAUCAAACUCGCUUUCGUCCUGCACAAAGUCGCGUGUACCCACGCCCUCGGCGUAUCUUGAUCAUUGUCAUCGCUCUGGUAGCCCUCUAUCAAUUCUUCAAACACAUGCCCACGGACAUCGCCCCGGCCGCCGAACGAUACAACCCGGCAAUCGCACAAUUGAGACACCCUUCUCCGCAACUUCCUGUUCAGUCACCAGUCGUAUCUAAAACCGAUAGCCCACCGUACCGAGUGCUGCACAUAAAUGACGAGGAAGAAACCUUUGACGGGGCGAUCAAAUUCUACGAGUUGGCUCGGUCUCUUCCCCACAGCAAGCAGUCGGAGCACACGGCUAGCCAUGCCGUGCUGUUUGCAGCAUCGAGCCUUCAUAGUGUCUCGGACAUGCUACCUUUGGCCUGUCAGAUGGCACGACAGAAGCUGAACCAUGUACAUUUUGUACUUGGUGGGAAGGAUAAAGUUUCUAUCGAAGGAAUCAAAAUAGUGAACGGCAUUGUAGAUACCGAGUGCCCAAUGACUUGGCAUGACAGUCGACCGGAUCGUUUGGCAGAUUCUUCUGAUGCUCGCAUGGAACGAGCUGUGGCUGGAGGGUUGGGUUUGAUCCAGGCAUAUGUGGCUCCAGAAGUUAUUAUCACGCAGAGAAGAAGCUGGGAAGACACAUUCUUCUGGGAUGGAGUGCAAGUCCAUAAGCAAAAAGCUGCUAUUCCCCAUAUCGCGCUCCCCUCAGCUUCUAGAGAUAUCAUGUGGAUGUCUUUCAUCGAUAGCACUGCUUUGAAAGUCUGGAACGAGAUUCGUAUUGACAUGGUGGUUCACGCUUCCAAAUCGUCAGGAUCCUUGAUCAGACUCAUCCGGUCCUUAGACGCUGCAGAUUACCUGGGAUCAAUGCCUAGCUUGACUAUUGAGCUUCCACCAUCUCUUGACCCUAAUUUACGGGGAAUCUUACAGAAGUUGGAAGGAUUGUCCCAGCUUGCGGGACGCAUCACUCUCCGGCGACGUAUUGACCCACGCUACAUGGAUCCAGCAGAAUCUUCUAUUCGCACGGUGGAAGGCUUCUACCCAAUGAACCCCCACUUGAACCACUUGCUGUUGCUAUCCCCUCAGGCGGAAGUAGCUCCUUCAUUCUAUCACUACCUCAUGUACAACAUUCUGCAGUACAAACAGUCGGCCAGGGCUAAGUACACCUCGGUGGAUCUCAUGGGAAUCUCUCUGGAACUACCCUCUACAAAACCCACAAUCGAUGGAGGACCAUUCAAUCCGCCUUCGAUGCUAUCAGUGGAUGAUACCAAGAAACCUCAACUGAGCUCAAUCCCAUCUUUCUUGUGGCAAGCGCCGAACAGCAACGCAGCGUUGUUUUUCGGUGACAAAUGGACUGAAUUUCACUCUUUCUUAUCCAGUCGUCUGGGUAUUUCAGAGACGCAAAUUAAUAUUGUUUCACAAGACAAGACCAUGUCCAGGAGAUACCCGGCCUUUAUGGAUUACCUGCUGGAAUUAAUGCGGGCCAAGGGAUACUACAUGCUGUACCCAUCAUUCCCGGGCCGCUCGGCGGCAUCAUUUGUUACCAUUCAUCAUGAUCUGUACCACCCCCCGGAAGAAUUCGCCCAUGAAGUCAGCCUCAAUACCGGCAAGAGACCAAUUCCUGAUAUCAAUAGUCAUGAUGAGCCCUUGGAGCCCCUUGUGGAUGAUUUAUCUCAGGAGAGGCCGUUGACUGGAGCAACGACUAUUAUGCCUCUCGUUGAGCUCUUUGAAUCGGGUCUUCCAGACAUUGAAGAGUUGUCCUUGCUCUCUUAUAACGGAGAGGAAAUGACACCGGAGACAAAUCUGAGGCAAACCAGGGACUAUGCCGACAGUUUCCGUAUAAAGUAUGGACACUGUACUGAUGACAGCAAAGUAACCGAGGGUCCCGGCUUAGAUCUAUUCUGUCUUGGUUGA